AUGGUGAUGACUAGAAACUAUAGUGCAAUUAUUCAAAGGAAGUUGCCAAGUAAGAAGAAAGAUCUUGGAAACUUCCAAAUCCACUGCACCAUUAGAAACAUAACUUUUGAAAGAGCAUUGUAUGAUUUAGGAGCAAGUAUCAAUUUGAUGUCUCUCUAUGUGAUGAAAAAGCUUCAAAUUCAAGAGAUGAAGUCCACAAGAAUAGCUCUACAAAUGGCAGACAAAUCAAUCAAGAAUGCAUAUGGAGUGGUUAAAAAUGUCUUGAUCAAGGUGGAAAAGGUUUCCCUCCCAGUAGGUUUUGUUAUUCUUGAUAUGGAGGAAGAUGAUAAUGCCUUCAUCAUUCUAGCAAGGCCUUUUCUAGCCAGUGAAAGAGCUCUAAAAGAUGUGAAAAAAGAUGAAUUAAUGUUGAGGGCGCAUGAUGAGCACUUGAUUUUUCAUGUCUUUAAAACCAUGCAUUAUUCUAGUGAGGAGGAGAAUUGUAUGAAGAUUGAAUGA